GUUAACUGCCAUGACCUGGUAUUCUGUUGCUGAUAAGAAGCUGGUUAGAUCUGAAUAAAAGGCCGCAAUUUCAAUAGAUUUUCAAUAUAUUUACAAUGAAGUCGGCACUGUGUGCACUCUUCACAAUUCUGAUAGCUGCUACAGCGACAGCGGAUCACGACAUAAUUAUCAGAGGCCACUGUGUGAACUGUGUGACAAAACGUCCCUCCGUGGAAUAUACAAGUGGAGACCAAGGAAAUGACCGUACUGGACCUCAACAAGGAUAUGACAAUUCUAGACAUGGUCUAGGAUAUGACCAUGCCAGACCUCAACAAGGAUAUGACAAUUCUAGACCUCAACAAGGACAUGUCAACUAUGAACAAAGCCAACCUCAACCAGUAUAUGGCAAUAACUACAAUGAUCCACAGAACAGACUUCGACCAGGCUAUAAUAAUAAUUAUAACACAGCAGCGACGGGACAAACCUACAAUCCCAAUAACUGGCGUUCAUCCGGCCAAAAUAACUAUGGCAAAACCUAUCAUACCAAUCCACACUUCGGAGUUCAACGCGGCUAUAGCAACAACAAUCUGAACACACAAGGAAAUUCCUAUAGAAACGCUGCUCAACCAAACUAUGGAAAUACCUACACCAAUUCAGCUUUCGGUAAUCAACGCAGCUAUAUCAACAGUUCUCCCAAUACACAAGGUAGAACUCGACAUAUCUAUACUAAUAUCCCUAGCAAUAAUCCGAUUGUAGCACCCACGAAUGCCUUCCCUGAGACUACUAUAAAUGGAGCAAGGAAGCGAGUGGCAGAAGUCCCGAACAAUUUAAAUUCAGCUGCUACAGGACAAACGGAUAACCAAGCCGCUGAUACAAAACCGUAUUCAGUGCCUCAAGUCUUCUCUGGUUAUUUGCCAGAUGGAACUUAUCUGCAUAACGGAGUUUGCACUAACUGUCGAAUUGAAUUAAGCUCGAAAAAAUAAUGUACACUGAUAAAAAAAUGUUCUAAAAUCAAAAUUUUGGU